AUGUCUGAUCUGAAUUUCUCAGAUAUUGUGAAUAGUUCCCCUCGCAGUGAAAGUAGAAAGAGGGUCAAAAGUAAUCCAGCCAAUGAAAAUUCACAGAUAAUCGAAUUGGGAGACGAGAAAGACCAGCUUAUGGCAAAGAGGAAGGAGCUAAAGAGGAAGAUACUUCUCAAUAAAGAACAGCUAAAAGAGCUACAAGGAGUGAAGGAAAACUUGGCAUCCUCCAAAUAUGGCAUUGAAAAUGAUAAUGAGACUGAAGACAUAAUAAUACCCCAUUCUGGGUUGCUCCAAUUGUUCAUGAAAUAUAAUACUUACCCUUCUCACGACAUGGAAAGUAGACUGAAAUACCUGCGAAGAGUCUUUCCCAACCUGAAGUUGGAAGUCAGCUCCGAGCUUACUAAACAGGUUUUAGUAGAUGUUCAAAUUCAGAGGUUGAACGCGUUUCCCAGACUGGUCUCUAAUUUCAAAAUAAGAAUGACUAUUGAUAAGAAGGAAGAGAAACUUGAUGAUUGGUCGUUGGUUGAGCAUGACUUUGACAUUGAAGACCCACGUUUUGUUCAAAAACUUAAUGGUAAGGACCCAUCCAAGUUCCUGUUUGGACUUCAUGAGUAUUUCGAAUUCUACAAUGAACGAUUCGAUACGUUCCACAGAAUUAUCAGGAAUUUUAAGGAUGAGCUACAACUGAUAGGAUUUGAUACUUUCAACUCUGGCCAGCAGGAGUUGAAACUACUGCUACAUCUUAUAGAUGAAAAAUCAAUCACAAUCACAGAUUCCACGCUAAAUCUACAGAUCAACUGGCGAAUAUUAUUUGAUGAUCUUGAAGAGACGUUCUAUGACUCAAUUUCAUGUAAUGUGACCAAAAAGAAUGAGAUAUUCACAGAUUCAGGUCUCGAUGAAACACUUCAAACAUUGCUGCAUUACAAAUCUAGCUAUGAAUCGUUGUCUAUUAUAGUUAAAUCACUCUUCCAACUGUAA